UUCAUCACUCUCUCUUUCUUCUUCUAACCCCCCACCCCCCUUUCUCCACCCACCCCACACCACCGGAGGUUUAAACCCUAACUCUACUCCGAUGGCUUUAGCCGGCGGCUAUGCAAACUCCAAGUUAAUCCAAAACGACGCUGCCGUGGCGCCACCAAAACCCUUGUCAUCUUCUGUAAUCGAACGAUAUAAGGCGGCGUUGAAGGAGAGGGAAAUGGAAAUUAGGGCUUCUAUGCCGAACGGCGAUGAUGAUGUUAUCGUGUUGCCUCCGUCUAUGAAUGAGAUUGUUAGGCUUUAUGAAUUGUUGUUGUCCGAACUGGCUUUUAAUUCUAAGCCUAUCAUUACUGACCUUACCAUCAUUGCUGGCGAACAGAGAGAACAUGGUGAAGGCAUUGCUCAUGCGAUUUGUAAUCGGAUUCUAGAGGUCCCAGUUGAGCAGAAACUACCUGCAUUAUACCUUCUGGAUAGUGUUGUAAAAAAUAUUGGCAAAGACUACAUCAAGCAUUUCUCUUCCCAUUUACCUGAGGUUUUCUGUGAGGCAUAUAGGCAAGUGCACCCUAGCAUGCAUCCUGCAAUGCGCCACCUCUUUGGAACAUGGUCGACUGUGUUCCCAGCACCUGUUCUCCAGAAAAUUGAAACUCGUCUUCAGUUUUCACAGCCGGGGGUCCAACAAUCUUCUGGCUUGACUUCGUCAAGAGCAUCUGAAUCACCCCGACCAACUCAUGGCAUUCAUGUAAAUCCAAAAUAUUUGGAAGCAAGGCGUCAGCUUGGGCACUCCACUAUUGAUUCAGUAAGAGCUGAAAAUUCUACAGCGCAUAUAUCUUCAGAUCUGGAGGCCAAGCAAGUUCUGUCUACAUCUUCAAAGAAUGCGAGAUCAUCCUCUCCUUAUAGAGUGGGGCCUCCGAGGUCAUUGUCACCCACCCUCAACGAGUUUGCCUUGGAUAAUCCUGCCAUAGGACUCAGAGAAAGGGCCUCACCAUCUCAUACUGCAUUUGAUUAUGGGCUUAGCAGAGUAAGAGGUAGAGAUGUUGAGAGGAGUGAGUGGCAGAGAAUUUUGCCUGAUGGUGCCAAUCAGCAACCAGACAUUCCUUCUAAAUAUCGCAUGAACAAGGGAAUUGAUCUUCAAGGACCUAGAGCUUUGAUUGAUGCUUAUGGAAUUGAUGAAAGGGAAAAAGUAGCCAAUCUGAGGCAACAAAAGUUCGCGAAUGCCACUAUUAAUGGCUUAGGCAAUAGGUUAGCAGUUAAGACAUGGCAAAACACCGAAGAGGAAGAGUUCAACUGGGAAGAUAUGAGUCCAACUUUAGCAGAUCAGAGUCCUUUUAAUGAUUUGUCAACAUCUGUUCGCCAUCCUCAGAGCAUUAGAAUGAGACCUGGUGUUGAUUCACAACAUGCUGUGCCUUUGGUGACUGACCCUAGAAGGAGCUGGGCUAAUCGAGGACAAUAUUCUUUAGUUCAUGAUUCUUCCUUGGAUGAUGUUCACUCGUCUGGUCGAGGGGCGAGAAAUAAAAUUACUGGAUAUUGCGAUGAGACAUCUCUGCUUUCAGGUUCACAUUAUCUUCACAAGCUUCCAGAAAAUGUGCCACAGUUGCCUCUAAGACAUUUAAAGGGUGAAGGAAGUGGAAUCUCAUCAGCGACCGGUGAAUCAAAGCACCCUUUGAUUGGCAAUUUGGCUGCUGAUGGACAUACUUGGAGGCCACCAUAUGUUCCGCCAAGAAUGAAUCCUACUUUUGACUCUUCAGUUCAGGAUAUUCGGGUGGUUACUGGACGUGGCCCUGGUGUACCAUGGCCUCCCCAAAAUGUGCAUGCUCCCCAAUCUUUGACUUCAAAACCUGUUGUUCUGCCUCAUAAUCAUGUCAGAAGUCCUUUUGAAGUAAAUAAUGCAAGCAAUUCAGUUGUCAAUCAUUCUUUGGACAGGCCAGUUCUUCCUGAGCAACAUAUUGAUAAUUUGAAGAGCAGCUCACAUAUCAAGUAUCCACAAUUUCCUAGUCAACACCCCACGUCAUUUUCUGCAAGUCAUCAAAACCCUGAGCAAGUGGCGUCAGCAGAACCUCAGCUAUUGCUUUCUCAGCGUAUUCAUCAGACUAUGCCUCCAAGUGCCUCACUUCCAGCCUCAAACCAUUUGCUACCGCCAAUUUAUAGAUACCCUUUACAGGGUCCUGGUUCUUCUAUAGGUACUCACUUCCCCCGUCCAGUUUCAGGUCCACAGGUGUCUAUGCCAUUGGUUAAUGUCCCAAAUACGUCAUCACAAUUUUCCUCAGGAGCCUUGCCACCUUUUCCCAGAGGCCCACUUCCUAUGCCUUCUAAAUUCAUGCCAGCAUCCCAAAAUCUAGGUCAGGUUACUCCUAACCCUCCAGCAGCAGGCUUUUCAAGCUUGAUUAACUCACUCAUGGCACAAGGUUUGAUUUCAUUGACAAAUCAAGCUCCAGCACAGGAUCCUGUGGGCCUUGAUUUUAAUCCGGAUCUUCUUAAGGUUCGUCACGAUUCUGCAGUAACUGCUUUAUAUACUGAUCUUCCAAGACAGUGCACAACUUGUGGCCUACGAUUUAAAUGCCAAGAGGCUCACAGCAGUCAUAUGGAUUGGCAUGUAACCAAGAAUCGAGUAUCAAAAAAUCGCAAGCAGAAAUCUUCUCGUAAGUGGUUUGUAAGCGUCAACAUGUGGCUUAGUGGUACAGAGGCUUUGGGAUCUGAUGCAGUUCCUGGAUUUCUACCGACUGAGCAAGUUGUCGAAACGAAGGAUGAUGAAGAAUUGGCCGUCCCUGCUGACGAUGAGCAGAAUGCUUGUGCACUGUGUGGAGAGCCUUUUGAUGAUUUUUACAGCGAUGAGACUGAAGAAUGGAUGUAUAGGGGGGCUGUCUACAUGAAUGCACCAAGUGGGUCAACUGUUGGAAUGGAAAGGUCUCAGUUGGGUCCAAUUAUUCAUGCAAAAUGCAGAUCUGAAUCUAGUGCAACUCCACAUGAGGACUCCAGAAAAGUGGAUGAGGGUCAGGAAGAUGGAAGUCAAAGGAAACGAAUGCGAAGUUAGCUUCAUUAAAUCAGCUUCUAGGUGCAUUGUAACUUUAUCUUGAGAUUUCUCCAUGAUAGCAUUGAGCUUUAGAUUAUUUCUAGGUACCAUGCCAGAAUCAUGUACAUGUACAGGAGUUGUAACAUCAAAGCUUCUUGUCAGAAAAAGGUUUCAUACAGUCU